AUGCCUUUAUUGGAGCCAAUCACUCCAAGGAGAAACGAGCCCGUGGACACAGGUUCCGACGACGAAGCGGACCCAGAGCUCCUCGAGCUGCUGCGCCAGCAUCUCGGAUUGGGCGGCAAACAAAACAAGAAUCUCCCGCCCGAGACCAAGGUGCUAGAGAAUGCUCAAUAUGUCUUCGACAAUGCCAUUGACGUGGCUCUCAACCCGGCCCAGACCAAGGAGGCUGCCGAGACGAUAUGGCGGUUGAUGCAGAAGAAGGCCUAUUCCACGCAGACUUGGUCCGAGCAUGAGCUUCACCCGAAGACUAAGGAUGAGAGUACGGUUGAUUUUAUCUUUACGAUGGAUCUGCUCAACUUUAGCUUUUGGUCCGAGGAGACGGAUGAGUCGAAGAGGUUCGCUAUCGAGUAUAGGGGGAAGCGGUGGACCGGGUACUGGAGUCUGGUCGCUGCUCUGCAGAGGGCUCUUGAUGAAGGCAUGCUUAGUAUCCCGAUUACCACUCCAGACUUCUGGGUGAACGAGGAAGAAUGUACAGACGAGGUGCUUCGGCACGUCUUCCGCUCCGCCACAGAUGAAGAAAUUCCUCUGUUCAAAGAGCGAACACAGUGCUUGCGUGAGGCUGGCGAUGUACUCUGCAAUGAGUUCGGAGGAAGCUUUGCAAACUGCAUCGACAGCGCCGACUACUCUGCCGCGGGCCUUGUCAACCUUGUCACUGAGAAUUUUGACUGCUUCCGUGACGAAACUGUUUUCAAUGGAAAGAGAAUCCGUUUGUACAAGCGCGCCCAAAUUCUCGUCGCAGACCUUUGGGCCUGCUUCAACGGCGAAGACUUUGGCGAGUUCCACGAUAUCGAUAAAAUCACUAUGUUUGCCGACUACCGCAUCCCUCAGAUGCUCCACCAACUUGGCUGCAUGCGCUACUCACCAUCUCUAGAGUCCCACAUCCGCAGGCGGAAGCCCAUCAGCCCGGGCUCAAACUGGGAGAUCGAACUCCGCGGCACCAGCAUCUGGUGCGUGGAGCUCAUCAAGCGGGAAAUCGAGAAACGACACCCAGAAGUCAAAUCCGCCGGCAAAAAGGGCAUUUCCAAAACCGUCGAGAACGACGACCAAGACGCUUGCGAGGGCGUCAAAAAUAUCGAACAACCACACAAGACAUAUGGCAUCAACGCGAUUCUGAUCGACUUCUUUUUGUACGACACGAUGAAGAGUCUGGAGCAGGAGAAGAACGAGAGCAUCCCGCACCAUCGGACGCGGAGCAUUUGGUAUUGA